AAGCUGGGUAGACCAUCAGAGAAGUGAAGAUGCAGGAGUAUGAUAUUAUUGUGCUUGGAACUGGACCCAAGGAGUGCAUCCUGUCUGGUUUAAUGUCUCUAAAUGGAAAGAAAGUUCUUCACAUUGACAACCAUCCCUAUCAUGGAGGAGGGAGUACAUCCAUUUCACCCAUAGAGGAGCUGUACAAGAGAUUUAAACUUCCGGGCCCUACUAAAACCAUGUGCCGGGGAAAAGAGUGGAACAUAGACCUCAUUCCUAAAUUCUUUCUCGCAGGCAGUGAGCUGGUGAAAAUGUUGGUCUAUACUGAAGUCACUCGAUAUCUGGACUUUAAAGUUGUUGAAGGCAGUUAUGUUUACAAAGGUGGAAAACUGCACAAAGUUCCAGCUUCAGAGGAAGAUGCCCAAGUUUCAGAUCUUAUGGGCAUGUUUGAUAAAAGGAGAUUCAGAAAACUGCUCCUUUUUGCUCUGAACUUUGACCUAAGAAACCCGCGGACGUACCAGGAUGUGGAUCCAAACAAGACCACCACCCGGGACCUGUUCUCUCGCUUUGACCUGGGGCUUGAUGUGAUGGAGUUCACGGGACAUGCCAUAGCCUUACGCAACAACAACAGUUACCUGGAUGAGCCUUGCAGAGAGACCAUCAGGAUGAUCAGCCUUUACUGCCAGUCUCAGUCCCGACACAGCGGCAGCCCAUACCUCUAUCCCGUCUACGGCCUGGGGGAGAUAGCACAGGGGUUUGCAAGGUUGAAUGCAGAGUAUGGAGGGACCCUCCUGUUGAACCGGCCAAUAGAUGAGAUUGUGAUGGAGAACGGCAAAGUGAAAGCUGUGAAGUCAGAGGGAAAGCUGUUCUACUGUAAGCAGCUGAUUUGUGACCCCAGCUAUGUUCCCGGGCAAGUGAGGAAAGUAGGGCGUGUGAUCCGGGUCAUGUGUUUACUAAACCAUCCCGUCAAACACACUCAUGAGGCCAGCUCCUGUCAGAUCAUCAUCCCACAGACACAACUCGACAGAAAAUCUGACAUUUUCAUAUCAGUGGUGUCCUUUACACACAACGUGGCCUCAGCUGGGAUGUACAUUGCCACAGUAAGCGCAAAUGCGGAGACCAAUAACCCAGAGAAAGAGGUGCAGCCUGCAAUAGAGCUGCUAGAGCCCAUUGUGCAAAAAUUUGUUUCAGUUAGUCAUCUACUUGUUCCUAAUGAAGAUGGAAGAAGAAAUCAGAUAUUUGUGUCCCGUUCCUAUGAUGCCACAAACCAUUUUGAGAGCGAGUGUGAGGACAUCAAAGACCUGUACCGUAGAAUCACUGGCUCAGAGUUUAGCUUUGGAGCCUCGAGUCGACACCAGUCUCACAACUCUGAUGAAGACUGAGAGACAUUUGACUGAUAUGGGCUUAAAGCAGUGGCUAUAUGGAUGAGGAUAAUAAAUAUGAAUAUAGAUGAUGGUUUUCCACAUACAGAGCACUCUCAACAACUUCAACUCAAUGUUUGAAGUCAGGUUUAGAAAUGAUCUGCAGUGGCUGCAAUGUUUUGGUAGGUAUUCUGCAAAAUAUUUUCUACCUUUCUAAU